AUGGCCCAUGUUGAAGAAUCACUACAACUGCCACGAGACUUUGAAGGUUUUGGAGAAGACGGCCAUGAUGCGCAAUGGCCAAAUGGAGCUCGAAUAGCCGUUUCGUUUGUUCUAAACUACGAAGAGGGUGGAGAGAGAAAUCCUAUGGAUGGAGACGGUACCAGCGAGCCCUAUCUCUGGGAAAAAGGUCCAUCGGGAGGUGGAAGGGAGCAACGGCAUCUUAAUGGUGAGCAGGACUACGAGUAUGGUAGUCGAUGCGGCUCUUGGCGCAUACUGCGCUUGAUGAAAGAGUUUGGCUGGAACAUGACUCUAUGGGCUAUUGCUGUAGCCAUGGAAAGGAAUCCCUCGUUUGCCAAAGCGUGUGUCAGGGAAGGCCAUGAAAUCGGCGCGCAUGGUUACAGGUGGUUGGAUAUAUGGGAUUAUUCACUUGAGGAAGACAAAGCAUACAUCAAGAAGACGUGCAAGGCGCUAGAGGCGGCUACUGGAGAGUUUCCGGUUGGAGCAUAUUUUGGAAGAGGUACGCCGAAUACAGCUAGCUUACUCCCUAUCAUGUGGAAAGAGAUGGGCCACAAAAUGGUAUAUACUUCCGAGGUGUAUAAUGAAGAUUCUCCUUAUUGGAUCGAUCUUCCAUGGGAGAAAACACUCCCGGACGAAGAGAAAGAAGGCUUGUUGAUGCUGCCAUAUAACUACGACUGCAAUGAUGGGAAGUUCCAUAUGCUUCCAGGUUUUGUCAGUUCAGCCGGUGCUGUAUAUGAGCAGUAUCUGAAAGACACGUUUGACUGCCUAUACAGGGAAGGCGGGAAGAUGAUGACGAUACCCUUGCAUUCCAGGAUAGUAGGUAAGCCAGGAAGAUCCGAAAGUCUUCGAAAUUUCAUGAACUACAUUUCUCAGAAAGAAGGGGUUUGGGUAGCGACGCGAAGAGAUAUUGCAAACCAUUACCGCAAGACGUUUCCUUACAAGCCGGGGUCGAAGACUGGUGGGCUCAGCUAG